AUGGAACCUCACGCAGAUAUUCAGCUCCCCCCAGAGAAACGUAGUCUCCGAGCUUAUGUGUCGAUCCUUUAUGCAGAUCCAAGGAUGAAGGUGCAUAUUCAGUGCAGAAAAGUCCAAACGAAACGACUUCUUGAUACUCUUUACGCCGUGAAGCGGUACAAUUUUGCCAGCAAAACGUUCCGCACACGGGCCGAACGCGACCUCGCAAAUCCAAAAACGACGUCAAAGUUGGAUGUUCAGUUUUAUAUUUUCAUCGUAAACAUCUAUGCCUAUGCUCAUUUGCCUGAAUUGCGCGCCAAGGAAGCUGAAAGCAAGGCACGCGACUGCGAACUUCGGUACGCGAACUCAAGGGAUCCCGAACACCUUAAAUUAAUUCGCCGUUUGAGCAACGCUGCUGCGGAAAUGCGAAGUCUCGUUGUAAUGAAGCAAAAUACAGUGGCUCGGAAACAAAAGGCGCUUAAGGAUCCUAAAACGUUGACUUUUUAUUUUGGCAUGAACGUUGUUAACCGGGCCUGUGAUGGGAUGUUCGUGUACAAUUGCUCCCGUCUGAUCAAAAUGUACCAGCGGAUUGGACCUCAACAGGAUUCCAGCAUGAUGUGCCGAGGUGUUGUGGGAAUUGUUGAUGUUCCUUACAUGGUGCUCGAAGGAAGUUUUUCUAAUUUAGAGCCAACUCACAACAAGCAGGACUUCGCUGAUGCCAAGGAAUUUCGUCAGCUGAUGCGUGCAAUGGCCGACCACCUCAUGCAGUAUUGGGAUGAUUUGGCCAUCGACAAAAAUGGUAAUGAGGACACGAACCGGUUUUGGAAGAGUUUCGGCUAUCUCUCGGCUCGCUGGAGAGAUCCACCCAGCGACGAGGAAAAGUAUGCUCGCAAACGGUACUCCUGUGUCUCCCUCUGUGUCCAAUGUGUCCAUCAUGUGAUCACUGGUGGUUGUAACCUACCACAUCUACUUCUUAUUUCAACUUCUGCUCAGACAAGUGCCUCAAGUGGAGAGUACUACCGUACUCACAAAAUCAAGUUGGACGUGAUGUCCCCGACAACUGGCAAUGUCGAGAUAAUCCCGACCAGAAACAUCGGAGCCUCAAGUUACCCUGACGCCAACGAUUAUCAUUACUUUACUUUUGUCGAUUUCUUGGAAAAUGAUCCGUCUUCGGUGCCGGCCCACGUCUCCGUCGUUACUCGUGAGCCCCAACACCAGUCAAAUCGUAGUUCACUAUCGAAUACUCUCAAUCUGUGUGAUACUCCGGAGGAAGAUAUGAGCCCGCCUAUGGGUGUUCUCAAGCGGAAAAUUAAGACCAAAGAACAGCGUCAAGCCGAACUGGAGGCCCAAAUUCGAAAGAAGCAGGAAGAACUUGAGCAAAUCCUUGAUCCAGACGACGAACCCUCUUUCCGUGGUCGGGCUUCCAGCAAACGCCAGUCACGUGCUUCCUCGCCCCCCCAUCAGCCUGCCAAGAAGGCUCACUCAACCGCCGCAUCACCCACCGGACGAACCAUCACGGUUGCCGACAGGAAGCGGAUGGGCUCUCAGCCCACUACCACGCCAGCCAAGUCCAGUCCCAGACGACCACCUCUUUUAAAAUCGAGACAAGCUGCCUCUGUUUCUUCCAGAUCGACUGUCUCCUCUGAUGUCAAUCAGUCUCGCAGCACCCGUGUUUCUUCCUCCCGUCGGAUAAUUCGCGACCAGAGCUCAGAGUCGGAAGAAGAGAGUACUGCGGAAGAGGACGAUGAAGAGGUUUUAAGGGAAAAGCUCAACGAGGCGACAGUGGUCUCAACUACGAACAACGGCCAAGCAGCAACUACUUUUCCACCUUUUGACACCACCUCAACCGCAGGCUCUGGGGAAAGUAAUACCCAGACAAAGAGUACUCUAAACAAGGACACAGGAGAUCUGACGGCUCCAAAUGAGUUGAAAACGCCUGAGGCCAAUGCCAAGACUUCGUCUUUUAUCGCGAAUGGUGAAGUCACUAAAUUCUCUCCAGAUACCACAUCGAAGAGAAUUUGCUUGCGGUAUUUCCUGCCUCCCCAAUGGCCCAUGCAAAAGGACCGCAUACACACCUUAACUGAAUCCGAGUUGGCCGAUUUUCCGCUUGAAGAAUUCUUUGAUCGUUACGAACAGGGACUGCGUUCACUGCUAUCGAAUUUUCAACAAGAAACUCAAGUCUUUGGAGAAACGCUACAAAACCUUCGGAGGGAUGUCGUUAGGCUUUUAGAUAAAACGGCACCGGAAUUGAGGGCAUCCUCGUACGAUGGUGACGCAGUGGAUCAGCUUUUGAGAGAAUACCUAAGUAAAAACCCUUAA